GGCAUUUUAAUCAGAUUAACUACGAAAUGUAUUUAAAAAUACUGUACUAUUGGAAAGCAAGCAUACAUUAAUCAAGGAAGUUGUUAUGAGGAUAUAAAAUAAAUUUUAUGAAUAACUUGGUUGGUUCGUAAUCCAAGACAUUAUAUUCUUUUCACAUAUAUCCAUUGGAUUUACGACUGAUUCUCCCACCGAUUCCAUUCAAAAGUGCACAUUCUAGUAAAAAUUUCAAAGUAUUCACUGAACUUCGAACCUAAUAAUCUACUGGGCUACUAGCUGAUUUUUUGCAAUUAUGCAACCAGUGAAGGUGGGGAAAAUCAGACGAGAUAUCGCUGUUCAGACAGAUUCAGCAUCUGAAUAUUCUAGUGAAACAGAAGGCUCUGAUGAGUCGGAAAUAAAUUAUUCCAGUUUUGAUUCAAAUGUGAUACCAUCUUCAAAAUUAUCCACCAGGAAUUCCUCCUUAGGAAUACAAUGUCCAACAAUGGGAUCUAUUAUGAUGAAAGAGAAAGAAAAUAAUGCUUCACAGUAUAUUUCAUCGAAUGGAAAAAACUGUGAAGUCAAUCUGGCUUCAGCUUCAGCAGACAGAUGUGGACACAUGUUGGAAAAUCCACAAAUACAAAAGUCUACUAGUGUUACAAAACCCUGUUCACAACAGGUGUGUUGUAAUUCACCGACCAGAACUUCGAAUAAGCAUGGCGUUUAUCUAACUGAUUGUGACAAGCGUAAUAGUUCAGCCAGUUUAGACAGUGGUCGUGAUUCGACGUAUGCUACAGGCAGUGAAGGCAGCAGUGGAGUCCAGUAUCCUCAGACAUAUCUUGAUGAUGGUUGCCUUCUUUCAACCACUUCAUCAUGCUGCUAUAGCAACCAAACAUCAAAGAGCGACAUUUUAUCUGGACGUAAAAUCAAUCAUAAUUCUAGUGGCCGUGCAUCAUUCGAUCAUACUUUAUUACCAGUGGCAACGAUGCCACAAUUUUAUAAUCAUACUAGCUCUACUACUCACAAUGUUAAUAGUAGUAAUCACAGUAGCAGCAGCAACGGUGGUAAUGGUAGAUGUGGUGUUAAUGGUAGUAGCACCAAUCUUGCAUAUCAACAAUUAUGUCAUCAGCAAUCGAAUAAAGACGAUACGUUAACAUCGCCAGUACAUAAAUACAACAGUAAUAGCAUUGGUAAUACUGCUAUAAAUGUAGGUGUUUUAAGUUCUAUAUCAUCAAUCACUGAACCGUAUGAGUAUCAUAAUUUCCCAUCCUACCACUACAGUGCUGUUAAUCAUAGUAAACUACAGCAACAGCAGAAGCCACUUCUAUCCGCAUAUUCACCUUGUCAAGAAAGAAAUUGCACUGGAUUCGACUGUGUGCAAACAAGAAUUCCAGUAACUGCUAUUACUCAACAACAGUUUCCAUCCGGAGUACAGCAGUAUUAUCGGCAGCAACAAUCGUACCGAGAAAUGUGUCAACCUUAUCAACAGCAUCUGCCAAUCCACUCUGUUAUGAUAAAUCCUGAUGAUGAAGCACUUUUUGCAUGGCUGCGCUCAGUUGGUUUAAGUAGACUAAGUGGAUGUUUAUCUAAAGCCGGCUUCGAUUUAUGGACAUUAUGUCACACUACACCAGAAGAACUCAAUGCUUGUGGAAUUACAAAUCCAUACGAUAGACAAAUUCUAAGAAAUGAGCUCGUUAAUCUUCAGUUAUCUGAUCCUAUUACAGAACAACAAUUACCGACAAGUGUUCAAGAUUUAAUGAUUCAGUUGCACCUACAACAAUACUGGCCAAAGUUACACGAUCAAGGUUUUAUUACAUUUGAACAAGUAGUUCGCAUUACAUGGGAUGAUUUAGAAGAGAUUGGAAUCUUGAAAUUGGGUCAUCAAAAGAAAUUUAUUAUUGCCAUUCGUAAACUGAAUCGUCUUAUACACGAUCGUGUAUUUUUGUCAACUGGCUGUGAUCAAGUAGUGAAAACAUCGCCACCGAUUAAUAAAUCUUUUUGUCACAUUGUAAAAGAUGGGGCCUGCUCAAAAUCGUCUAGUUCAUAUCCUCUCAUCAGACAACAAUGCCAGGCUAGUGAGGUAAUUCCUUCAGUUGUUCUAAUGAAGUGUAAUGCAGACGGUCAACAUCUUUCAAAACAUAACAUUUCAGAAAUUGGGACACAGGUUGAAAGCGAUCUAGUCAAAUCAUCUUCACCGCCAUCAUCACCUUUUUCUUACUCCUCAACAUCAGAUAUUUCAUCACGGGAAUCUCCGUAUUCUCUUCCUCCACCCAUUGGUUUUCAAGAUUCCCCUCCUUCAUCAUCAUCAACUUUUCCAACUUCGGCAGUGAUUCUUGAUUCAGAAGAACGUAGCUUUGAUCUACCGCAAGUUUAUUCCUCCUGUAUAACAAAUGAACAAAUUCUGAGUAACUCAUCUUCACAUUCUCGUCUAUCUCUAAGUAAUGUUCAAUUAAUUACGGAUAUGAAUGAUUAUUCUUCAUCAUCUAAUACUUUGCUGAACGAAAAUACAAACCCACCUUCUGCAUUUCAGUAUUCACAUCAAAGUCACCAACAGCAGCAGGGGGAUAAGGGAAACAAAUUUGAACAUUCAGGUGUAUUUCAAAGACGUUCUUCAAAUCCUACAUUAUAUUCAUUAAAAUCUAAUGAUACUGUACAAAAUACUACUGAGUUAUCUAAAUGGUCCUCAGGUUUUUUAACGAGCCCACAAUUGCGACUGCCAAUAAAUGUCAACUCCACUUCUGAUCCGGACUUGGAGGCCAUGUACAAUAUACAAGCUAUGCUUGAUCAAAUUAGCGAACGUCUUAUUCUAAGUGAUAAAUAAACACUACCAGGUUUGCUCAACUAUCAUUCAAUCCUAUUCAAUACAUUUUGAGGAAAAAACGAAAGGGAUAAUCUAUUUGACUUGUCGUUUGAAAGAAGGACAGAUAAAGUCUUGAUUUUACCUAUGUGCAUAUGCAUAUUAUUGUAUCUGUAUCACGCAACCUGACACAUAGAUAUCAUCGCAUACAACUAUUCAUUUCUUUAUAAUCUUAUUAUCACACGAUUUCUUCGUGCCUUAAAUUAUAAGCGUUUUCAUGUAAUUUUUUUUAGUUAAACAAUGAAAUUUUUUGAACGAAGUAAAUUAAUUUUAUGUUUAUGCGAAAGUCAGCUUCUCAUGAGUAAGUACAUUCUUUUUCAUGUGUUGAUUUCUUUCUGAGAGUCGAUACAACUCACAGUUACCUGAAUAGAAGUAUAAAACAUCUAGUAUAUAUGUACAGGAUGCAUUUCGUGGAUAAUUCACAUUUGAACUGUAUUCUAUGCAUUAUCUUCAGCUUUGUCUACUCCUUAUUUCUUACCUUUCACUUUAUGUAUCUUCUUGUUUUUCUGAUGGUAAUGAAUAGUUUUUACAAAGU